CAGCUGUAAGCACCUGAGUUGGUUGGCAGCAGCAGCUUCGAGUCAAUUGGGCUGUGGAAGUUGUAUAGCGUUGCAGAAGCCAAGGGCAGAAGCACGAUCUGGUGACGACCAGCGGCGACUCCAUCCAAGGACCUGCCUGCUAGCUGCUUCCCAUCAAGAAGAACCUAGGACAGAUCCAUGGAGGUGGUGACAGGUGCACUGCCAAGCGUUAUCACCAAGCUCGGUGAACUGCUCAUCGGCGAGUACAAUCUGCAAAAGGGGGUGAAGGGGGAGAUCAGGUUUCUCAAAUCUGAGCUCGAGAGCAUGAAGGGUGCCCUUGAGAAGGUCUCUAGCACACCGGCAGACCGGCUUGAUAUUCAAGACAAGAUCUGGGCUAGGGACUUGAGGGAGCUGUCCUACGAUAUGGAGGACAGUAUUGACACAUUCAUGGUCCAUGGCCAGGGUAAAGACCAGGCCAAUCUGCAUGGCAUCAAGAAGUUCAUUGACAGAAGUGUUGGUUUAUUCAGAAAGGCCAAGAUUCGCCAUGAGAUGGCUACUGAUAUCAGAGACAUCAAGAACCGUGUCGAAGAGGUAGCCAAGCGGCACCAAAGGUACAAGAUUAACAAUAGUGAUGUUGCUAUGCCUGUCAUGAUCGAUCCACGUUUAUUCACUCAGUACACGGAGGCGAAAGAGCUUGUUGGAAUUGAUGAGGCAAGAGAUGAGCUAAUCAAGACUCUAGAAGAAGAGAAUGAAUUGUCCAUGCAGCAGCAUGGAAAGAUAGUUUCCAUUUUUGGAUUUGGGGGACUGGGAAAGACAACUCUUGCAAAUGCAGUUUAUGAAAAGAUUAGAGCACGAUUCGAUUGUUGUGCUUUUGUUUCAGUGUCUCAAACUCCUAACUUGAAGAAAUUAUUCAAGGGCUUGCUCUGUGAUCUUGGCAAAAAUAUUAAUGAAGAAACAUUGGAUGAGAGUCAGCUCAUAAAAUUACUCAGAGAUUUCCUUCAAGAGAAAAGGUAUGAGAUCAUUCCGUUUGUAAACUUUUACGUAUGGGGAUUUUUUCUCACCAAUGAUAAUUUAUGUCCUCCAAUCAUAAUACUAUGGCCAUAUCUGGAUCUCCUACAAAUUAUAAGAAUAUUGAUAGUGGCUGUAGAUUAA